AAAGAGAAAUACGAGCUAUCUGCAACGGACCACGAUGCGGAAUCGGGAGAGGUUGAGGGACGCCAGGACCCACCCGGAUACCAGGCAACUCAAGGAAAUGGGUCACCCCCGCCUUCUUACAACUCUCUGUUUGGGGAGCUGAAGGCGGCCAAGGAGGAUGCAGGGGGGGCUAACAUGGACUUCGCAAAGAAGAUAGUCGCCAUCUUGAUGGGCUCACUUGCGACAACAAUUAUUCUUGCUUUGUUCCUGGCUUUCCCGAUUGCCAUGAUUGUCAUUGGUGCCUUGAAACUAGACGACUGUCGGGCUGAGCCUUAUAUUCCAAAGUGGCUUCUAAUUAUGGGAUGUUUUGGACUACUGAAGAAUCUGCUUUCUCUCGGCCAACAGGUAUUCAACAAAGCAAGAGACAACAAGGAGAAAAAUGCAAGCAAGAACCCAAUCGAGUGCAUCUUGGACCUCUUUCUGUUCGCAUGGUUCAUCGCAGGUAGCGUGUGGGUGUUCCGAACAUAUGGCGAUGUGUCAUACACAGAAAGCUCCGAGCGCUACUGUGACAGACUUCUCUUCCUCUUCUCAUUUUGGACUCUAAUGAGCACCUAUAUUCUGAUGGCCCUGUCCUGUUGUUGUUGCAUUUGUGUUUGCAUUGCAGCCAUAAUUGUAUAAUUCGUCUCUUUUCCUCCUACUCUCCCCCACCAGCAAGUUUUUUAGAGUAACUUUCCUGUUCACAUUUUGUUCACAUUGUCGGAUUGUUGUAAUUUUUGGCACACGGACUAGUUAGGCCAUGAGAAACAUAUUUGGUCUUCAUACUCAACCUUUUAAAACCAUUCGCUACACCAUAAAAUUGAUGCUUAUGUGAGGUGGGGGGGGGGGGG